GACGUAGCUCCUCCCUCUAGUGUAUCCAGUCAAUGGUACCUCCGCGUGGACGCUGAGUCAAGGAACAUGGUCGUUCGUCGCCGCUGGAAAAUGUCUAAACAUCUAUCAUGAUAUGACCUUACAGCCAAACGAUUAGACCUCAAAGAGAUGGAGGAGCCGGUGGAGGACCGACUGUGUGGGAAAGUGAGGAUUGCAUGUGGUUUCUACAGUUACAACCUAAGGGACGUCUUCACAUGGCGUCUCUUGAAGACCAUAGUCAUGGGCCAGGUCCUGUCCCUGCUGAUCUGCGGGACGGCGGUCAGCUGUCAGUACCUGGCCGAUGCCCACGUGGAGACGCCCAUGCUGCAGAGCUUCCUCAACUACGCCUUGCUGCUGCUAACGUACACCACAGUCCUCGUCACCCGCAAAGGUGACAGGAACAUUGUGCAGAUUUUAAAAAGCAGGUGGUGGAAGUACUUGGUGAUGGGUCUGGCAGAUGUGGAGGCGAACUACGCCGUAGUGAAGGCCUACCAGUUCACCACGCUGACGAGUAUACAGCUGCUGGACUGCUUUGUGAUCCCGGUGCUGAUGCUGCUGUCCUGGUUCUUCCUGAAGACCCGCUACAAGCUGGUCCACUUCGUAGCCGUGGGGGUUUGCUUGCUGGGUGUAGGGGCCAUGGUAGGAGCCGACAUUCUGGCUGGAAGAGACCAGGGAUCAGCCAGUGAUGUGAUGCUGGGCGACGGCCUGGUCCUGCUCAGCGCCGUCCUCUACGCCGUGUCCAAUGUGUGUCAGGAGCACACGGUGAAGAACUUGAGCCGGGUUGAAUUCCUGGGCACGAUGGGCCUCUUUGGGACUCUCAUCAGCGGCAUACAGCUUGCUGUCCUGGAAACUCGUGCAGUAGCAGAGAUAAAGUGGGAUUUUCGAAUUUCCAUGCUGUUUGCGGUCUACGCCCUGUGCAUGUACGCUCUGUACAGCUUCAUGCCUGUGGUGGUGCAGAUGACCAGCGCUACUGCAGUCAACCUCUCCCUGCUCACCGCUGACCUCUUCAGCCUCUUCUGCGGCCUCUUCCUCUUCCGCUACAAGUUCUCAGCCCUGUACAUCGUCUCGUUUGUCGUCAUCACCGCGGGCUUCAUCCUGUUCAACGCCGUCCCGACGUACCAGGCUUUACCCGAAGACCCCGUCGAAGAGUCAGCUGAUCGCGCGGCCGAGGGCCCCUCAGACUACCUACUGGCCGCAGACAGAGACCCUCAGAGGACGGAGAUGCUCACGGCCGUCGCCGCGCUAUGACUCAAGUUGUUACUUUUACACCGUUACAGAACUCCUUUUAUAUUUUCAGUUUCAAGAAACGUUUUCAUUCUUUUUCAUUCCUGUUAACCUGCGUGACUGAAACUUUUUACAAACAGAUAUUUAUUGUUCCAAACUGACUCCUUUUUUUUUUUUAAAUCAAUGUAUUUCCAUGUUUGACAAAACGCAGGAGAGAUGCUGUUUUAGUAUCCACUCAAUCAUGUGGUUGUAUUUAAUUUGACAAAUCAACAAAGUGAUACUUUAUUCUUCGCGGCCUGUGGUGCUGAUAGAGUUUACAGUUACAGAUUUCAUGCUCAUGUCAUUUGCUCUGGUGUGUUGCCAAAUGGAACGAAUGUUGCAUGCAGCGGGAGUUUUACUUUUUUAUGAAUAAAUUCAUUUUUAUAUUGUC